AUUGAAGAAAUAAAAUGUGAUCGUAAGAAAUCUUGUAAUGAUGAAAUACUUACUCAAUAUCAAUUAAAGAGUAUCAUAUUCUUAUUUGGAAUUUUGGAUAUGAUUGAAAAUUAUAUUAUCGAAAGUGAGCAUUUGCCAACUUUAGCACUUUCUUAUUAUUUUGCUAAAGAAUUCUUACAAAAAACUAAGAGUGCUCCAAUACAAAUUAAAUCCACAGUAAUUUUACUUAAAUUAUAUUUAAAAAAUGGUAAUACUUUUAAAAUUAUCGAUCAAGAUUUUGAUCGUUACUUUCAAGAUUUAAAUAAGGAUGAUAUAGAAGCUGUGUCACAUUUCAAGUCAUUUUUAUCAGAUAUCAAACCAAAAUUAUAUCAAGAAUCUCUAUCAAAUUAUGAUAAUACUAUAUUCGAUAAUUUUCGAGGAACAAUCUUAUUACCACAUAUGUCAAAAAUCAAUAGACAUGAUGAAUUUUUAAAUAAAAAUUUAAUUGAAAUGAUAGCUGAUGAAAUGACUUGUUCGGUUACACUGGAACCCUCAGAAAGUCUUUGUAUUCUUGGAUGUGAACAUAUAAUUAGUUAUGAAACAUUUCUUAAUUUAUCAGUAAUGUCAAAAUAUCGUUGUCCUCAAUGUAGACAGAAUAUUAAAGAUAAUGAAUGUAUUUUUUUACCUCAACAUAAUAUAUUCUCUUAUUUUUAUAUUCAUUUUGUCUCAUCUGAACUGGUUGGUACUCCUCCAAUUCUUGCAAUAAAAUCAACUAGACCACAUUAUUUUUCUCCUUUACUUAGUUUUGGAUCUUUAACAGCAUCAACUUGUUUAGAUCCUUAUAAUAUCCAAUCAGAAUCUUUACCACAUCAAAGAUUAAAUAUUCAAAAUGAUUUAUCCAAAAUUCGAUGGCCUUUGAAAGUAUCAAAAAGAUUGCAUCCAGCUCAUAAUGAGGCAAUAAAAUCUCUAAAUAAUAAGAAAUAUGAAGAAACAGUUUUAUGGCUCACCUGUUUAUUACAACAAUAUCCAAAUAGUUUUUCUACACGAUGUGAUCGUGCAUUUAUUAAUUCUUUCUUAUUACAUAAACCUUAUUUAGCACUUGAAGAUUUAAAUAUCGCUUUAAGUUUAAAGACAAAAAGUCCACACGCUUUGAAUUUACGUGCUGAAACCUUUCGAAGAAUUGGUUAUUAUGAUGAUGCACUUUUGGAUUUAAAAAAAGCUUUACAAUUAACACCAAAUAAUGCUAUAUCAUAUGGAAUUCGUGGUGCUUUAUUUUAUAAGAUGAAAAGAUUUAAUGAAUCACUUGAUGAUUUAAAUUAUUCUUUACAACAAUUACCAAACAAUGGAUUUUGUCUUGGCUUUCUAGGAGCGACAUUAGUAAAAUUGGGAUUUAAUGAUGAUGCACUUUCUAAAUUUAACAAAGCGUUAGAGAUUAAUCCUGAUGAUAUCUUUAUACUUAAUAAACGAGCAAAACUUUAUCAUUCGCUUUGUUUAGAUAAUUCAGGGCUUAUUGAUAUUAAUAAAGCUCUAAGCAUCAAUCCAUUUAAUCACAAAGCACUUUCAAUUCGUGGUGAAAUACAAGCUGUAUUUCUUGAUAGUGAUUCUGAAUCAUUAUCUGAUAUCAACAAAUCUUUAGAAAUGGUACCAAACAAUGUUAAUGCAUUAAAAAUUCGGGCUAGAUUUUAUCAUGAAAUGGAUCGUAAUGAAGAAGCUCUUAAUGAUCUAGGUAAAGCAUUAAAUUUGGCACCAAAUGAUAUUUCUAUAUUUGAAUUAAGAGGUGAAAUAUAUCGAUCUAUGUGUUGUUUCGAAGAAGCAAUUGAUGAUUUUAAUCAAAUGUUACAACGUGAUCCAUGUAACAUUUUUGCUUUAUCUUAUCGUGGUGCUACUAAAUAUGAUCAGGAAUUAUAUGAAGAAGCAUUAAUUGAUUUGAAUAAAGCUUUGGAAUUACGACAAGAAAAUAAUUUAUUCUUAUUAAAGAUAAGAGCAAAGAUAUGUAUUGCAUUGAAAAGAUAUCAUGAAGCAUUAAUGGAUCAGAACAAAAUAUUAGAUAAUGAACCUAAUAAUAAUACCGUUCUUUUAGAAAGAAGAGGGGUAUAUCAAAAAUUAGGUCUUUAUGAUAAAUCACAUUCAAAUUCGACACAUCGUAAUAGGAUAACAUUAAAACCCACUUAUUCUUAUUAAUAUGUUUAUUUGUAUUUAAUAAUAUAUAAUAUAUUUAGAUUUUAUUUAAAAUGUAUGAUAAAUAUUUUAUUUAU